CCUGCAGCCAUGAGCUCCGAUGCUGAUAUGGCUGUGUUUGGGGAGGCGGCCCCUUACCUCCGCAAGUCUGAAAAGGAGCGAAUUGAAGCUCAGAACAAGCCUUUUGAUGCCAAGUCAUCAGUCUUUGUGGUGGACCCUAAGGAGUCCUUUGUGAAAGCAACAGUGCAAAGCAGAGAAGGGGGAAAGGUGACAGCCAAGACUGAAGCCGGAGCUACCGUAACUGUAAAAGAUGACCAAGUCUAUCCCAUGAACCCUCCCAAAUAUGACAAGAUCGAGGACAUGGCCAUGAUGACCCACUUGCAUGAGCCCGCUGUGCUGUACAACCUCAAAGAGCGUUAUGCAGCCUGGAUGAUUUACACCUACUCAGGGCUCUUCUGUGUCACUGUCAACCCCUACAAGUGGCUGCCAGUGUACAAUCCUGAGGUGGUGACGGCCUACAGAGGCAAAAAGCGCCAGGAGGCCCCGCCCCACAUCUUCUCCAUCUCUGACAACGCCUAUCAGUUCAUGCUGACUGAUCGCGAAAAUCAGUCUAUCUUGAUCACCGGAGAAUCUGGUGCAGGGAAGACUGUGAACACCAAGCGUGUCAUCCAGUACUUUGCAACAAUUGCAGUCACUGGAGAGAAGAAGAAGGAGGAACCUACCUCUGGCAAAAUGCAGGGGACACUGGAAGAUCAAAUCAUCAGUGCCAACCCCCUGCUGGAGGCCUUCGGCAACGCCAAGACCGUGAGGAAUGACAACUCCUCCCGCUUUGGUAAAUUCAUCAGGAUCCACUUUGGUACCACAGGGAAAUUGGCUUCUGCUGAUAUUGAAACAUAUCUUCUAGAGAAGUCUAGAGUUACUUUCCAGCUGAAAGCAGAAAGAAGUUAUCAUAUUUUUUAUCAGAUCAUGUCCAACAAGAAGCCUGAUCUAAUUGAAAUGCUCCUGAUCACCACCAACCCAUAUGACUACGCCUUCGUCAGCCAGGGGGAGAUCACAGUCCCCAGCAUUGAUGACCAGGAGGAGCUGAUGGCUACAGAUAGUGCCAUUGACAUUCUGGGCUUCACUUCUGAUGAAAGAGUGUCCAUCUAUAAGCUCACAGGGGCUGUGAUGCAUUAUGGGAACAUGAAAUUCAAGCAGAAGCAACGUGAGGAGCAAGCUGAGCCAGAUGGCACAGAAGUUGCUGACAAGGCUGCCUAUCUCCAGAGUCUGAACUCUGCUGACCUGCUCAAAGCCCUCUGCUACCCCAGGGUCAAGGUCGGCAACGAGUACGUCACCAAAGGCCAGAAUGUGCAGCAGGUAAGCACAUAACCUCAAUGAAUCAUACACUUUACAAGCCACCUAGACAUGUCUUUAACAACACUGACACAUAUUACUCUCUCUGUGAAGGUGUACAAUGCAGUGGGCGCUCUGGCCAAAGCCGUCUACGAGAAGAUGUUCCUGUGGAUGGUGACCCGCAUCAACCAGCAGCUGGACACCAAGCAGCCCAGGCAGUACUUCAUCGGGGUCUUGGACAUUGCAGGCUUUGAGAUCUUUGAUUUCAACAGCCUGGAGCAGCUGUGCAUCAACUUCACCAACGAGAAACUGCAGCAGUUUUUCAACCACCACAUGUUCGUGCUGGAGCAGGAGGAGUACAAGAAGGAAGGCAUCGAGUGGGAGUUCAUUGACUUUGGCAUGGACCUGGCUGCCUGCAUUGAGCUCAUUGAGAAGCCCAUGGGCAUCUUCUCCAUCCUGGAAGAGGAGUGCAUGUUCCCCAAGGCCACAGACACCUCCUUCAAGAACAAGCUGUAUGAACAGCACCUGGGCAAGUCCAACAACUUCCAGAAGCCCAAGCCUGCCAAAGGCAAGGUGGAGGCCCACUUCUCACUGGUGCACUAUGCGGGCACCGUGGACUAUAACAUCGCUGGCUGGCUGGACAAGAACAAGGACCCCCUGAACGAGACCGUGGUGGGACUCUACCAGAAGUCUUCAAUGAAGACUCUGGCUUUCCUCUUCUCUGGGGCAGCAGCUGCUGAAGCAGAGUCUGGUGGUGGUGGCGGUGGUGGCAAGAAGGGUGGCAAGAAGAAGGGUUCUUCUUUCCAGACAGUGUCUGCUCUCUUCAGGGAGAAUCUGAACAAGCUGAUGACCAACCUGAGGAGCACUCACCCCCACUUCGUACGGUGCAUCAUCCCCAAUGAAACCAAGACUCCUGGUGCCAUGGAGCAUGAGCUGGUCCUGCACCAGCUGAGGUGCAAUGGUGUGCUGGAGGGCAUCCGCAUCUGCAGGAAAGGAUUCCCAAGCAGAAUCCUCUACGCUGACUUCAAGCAGAGAUACAAGGUGCUAAAUGCAAGUGCUAUCCCUGAAGGACAAUUCAUCGACAGCAAGAAGGCUUCUGAGAAGCUCCUUGGGUCCAUCGACGUUGACCACACCCAGUACAAAUUUGGUCACACCAAGGUCUUUUUCAAAGCUGGUCUCCUGGGGCUCCUAGAGGAGAUGCGAGAUGACAAGCUGGCCCAGCUGAUCACCAGAACCCAGGCCAUGUGCAGAGGGUUCCUGGCAAGAGUGGAGUACCAGAAGAUGGUGGAGAGAAGAGAGUCCAUCUUCUGCAUCCAGUACAAUGUCCGUGCCUUCAUGAACGUCAAGCACUGGCCAUGGAUGAAACUCUACUUCAAGAUCAAGCCCCUCCUGAAAAGUGCGGAGACCGAGAAGGAGAUGGCCAACAUGAAGGAAGAAUUUGAAAAAACCAAAGAAAACCUUGCAAAGGCUGAGGCCAAAAGAAAAGAACUAGAAGAAAAAAUGGUUGCUCUGAUGCAAGAGAAAAAUGACCUGCAGCUCCAGGUUCAAGCUGAAGCAGACAGCUUGGCUGAUGCAGAGGAAAGGUGUGACCAGUUGAUCAAAACCAAAAUCCAACUGGAGGCCAAGAUCAAGGAGGUGACUGAGAGAGCUGAGGACGAGGAAGAGAUCAAUGCUGAGCUGACGGCCAAGAAGAGGAAGCUGGAGGAUGAGUGCUCAGAGCUCAAGAAGGACAUCGAUGACCUUGAGCUGACCCUGGCCAAGGUUGAAAAGGAGAAGCAUGCCACAGAGAAUAAGGUGAAAAACCUCACAGAAGAGAUGGCAGGCCUGGAUGAAACCAUCGCCAAGCUGACCAAGGAGAAGAAGGCCCUCCAAGAGGCCCACCAGCAGACCCUGGAUGACCUGCAGGCAGAGGAGGACAAAGUCAACACCCUGACCAAAGCUAAAAUCAAGCUGGAGCAGCAAGUGGAUGAUCUUGAAGGCUCUUUGGAACAAGAAAAGAAAAUCCGGAUGGACCUAGAAAGAGCCAAGAGGAAACUGGAGGGAGACCUGAAGCUGGCCCAGGAAUCCACAAUGGAUGUAGAAAACGACAAACAGCAACUUGAUGAGAAACUUAAAAAGAAGGAGUUUGAGAUGAGCAAUCUGCAAAGCAAGAUUGAAGAUGAACAGGCCCUUGGAAUGCAGCUGCAGAAGAAGAUCAAGGAGUUACAGGCCCGCAUCGAGGAGCUGGAGGAGGAGAUCGAGGCUGAGAGGGCCUCCAGGGCCAAGGCAGAGAAGCAGCGCUCUGACCUCUCCCGGGAACUGGAGGAGAUCAGCGAGCGGCUGGAGGAAGCUGGCGGGGCCACUUCUGCCCAGAUUGAGAUGAACAAGAAGCGGGAGGCUGAGUUCCAGAAAAUGCGCAGGGACCUGGAGGAGGCCACCCUGCAGCACGAAGCCACGGCGGCCACCCUGAGGAAGAAGCACGCGGACAGUGUGGCUGAGCUCGGGGAGCAGAUCGACAACCUGCAGCGGGUCAAGCAGAAGCUGGAGAAGGAGAAGAGCGAGCUCAAGAUGGAGAUUGAUGACCUUGCUAGUAACAUGGAGACCGUCUCCAAAGCCAAGGGAAACCUAGAGAAGAUGUGCCGCACCCUGGAAGAUCAAGUGAGUGAGCUCAAGACCAAGGAGGAGGAGCAGCAGCGGCUGAUCAACGACCUCACGGCACAGAGAGCGCGCCUGCAGACCGAAGCAGGUGAAUUUUCACGCCAGCUAGAUGAAAAGGACUCAUUAGUUUCUCAGCUCUCCAGGGGCAAACAAGCAUUCACACAACAGAUUGAGGAGCUGAAAAGGCAACUUGAAGAGGAGAUAAAGGCCAAGAGUGCUCUGGCCCACGCCCUGCAGUCCUCCCGCCAUGACUGUGACCUGCUGCGGGAGCAGUAUGAGGAGGAGCAGGAAGCCAAGGCUGAGCUGCAGAGGGCAAUGUCCAAGGCCAACAGCGAGGUUGCCCAGUGGAGGACCAAAUAUGAGACGGACGCCAUCCAGCGCACGGAGGAGCUGGAGGAGGCCAAAAAGAAGCUGGCCCAGCGGCUGCAGGAUGCUGAGGAACACGUGGAAGCUGUCAACGCAAAAUGCGCUUCUCUCGAGAAGACAAAGCAGCGGCUGCAGAAUGAGGUGGAGGACCUCAUGAUUGAUGUGGAGAGGACAAAUGCGGCCUGCGCUGCCCUGGACAAAAAGCAAAGGAACUUUGAUAAGAUCCUGGCUGAGUGGAAACAGAAGUAUGAAGAAACUCAUGCUGAACUUGAAGCUUCUCAGAAGGAGUCCCGCUCUCUCAGCACAGAACUGUUCAAGGUUAAGAACGCUUAUGAGGAAUCUUUAGACCAGCUUGAAACCUUGAAGCGGGAAAAUAAGAAUUUGCAACAGGAGAUAUCUGACCUCACGGAACAGAUUGCAGAAGGAGGGAAACGUAUCCAUGAAUUGGAAAAAAUCAAGAAGCAAGUUGAGCAGGAGAAGUCAGAACUUCAGGCUGCCUUGGAGGAGGCAGAGGCAUCUCUUGAACAUGAAGAGGGAAAGAUCCUGCGCAUCCAGCUUGAGCUGAACCAAGUCAAGUCUGAGAUCGACAGGAAAAUUGCUGAAAAGGAUGAGGAGAUCGACCAGCUGAAGAGAAACCACAUUCGAGUGGUGGAGUCCAUGCAGAGCACGCUGGACGCAGAGAUCAGGAGCAGAAACGAUGCCAUCCGGCUCAAGAAGAAGAUGGAGGGAGACCUCAAUGAGAUGGAGAUCCAGCUGAACCACGCCAACCGCAUGGCUGCCGAGGCCCUGAGGAACUACAGGAACACCCAGGGCAUCCUUAAGGACACCCAGCUGCACCUGGAUGAUGCUCUGCGUGGCCAGGAGGACCUGAAGGAGCAGCUGGCCAUGGUGGAGCGCAGAGCCAACCUGCUACAGGCUGAGAUCGAGGAGCUGCGGGCCACGCUGGAGCAGACGGAGAGGAGCAGGAAAGUUGCAGAACAAGAGCUCCUGGAUGCCAGUGAACGCGUGCAGCUCCUGCACACUCAGAACACCAGCCUGAUCAACACCAAGAAGAAGCUGGAGACCGACAUUUCCCAGAUCCAGGGAGAGAUGGAGGACAUCGUCCAGGAAGCCCGCAACGCGGAGGAGAAGGCCAAGAAGGCCAUCACUGAUGCGGCCAUGAUGGCGGAGGAGCUGAAGAAGGAGCAGGACACCAGCGCCCACCUGGAGCGCAUGAAGAAGAACCUGGAGCAGACGGUGAAGGACCUGCAGCACCGCCUGGACGAGGCCGAGCAGCUGGCGCUCAAGGGCGGCAAGAAGCAGAUCCAGAAGCUGGAGGCCAGGGUACGCGAACUUGAAGCAGAAGUUGAAAGUGAGCAGAAACGCAACGUGGAGGCUGUCAAAGGUCUACGCAAACAUGAAAGAAGAGUGAAGGAACUCACUUACCAAACUGAGGAAGACCGUAAGAAUGUUCUCAGACUCCAGGACCUGGUGGACAAAUUGCAAGCCAAGGUGAAAGCUUACAAGAGACAAGCCGAGGAAGCGGAGGAACAAUCCAACGUCAACCUCUCCAAGUUCCGCAAGCUCCAGCACGAGCUGGAGGAGGCCGAGGAGAGGGCUGACAUUGCCGAGUCCCAGGUCAACAAACUGCGGGUCAAGAGCCGGGAAGUUCACACCAAAGUCAUCAGCGAAGAGUGAUCCAUCCCAACGCUGCAAAGUGACCAGAGAAAUGCACAUAAUGUGAAACUCUUUGUCACUCUGUUUUAUACUUAUGAUUCUGGGAGAUAAAAAAUUUAUCUGCC